AUGCUGGUUGUGACAAUGAGAGACUACUCCAUGGAUAAGGUCGGAGUCCUCACGUCAACAAGAAGGUGGAUAAACGAGGAAAUCACGAUCAACUCUAAUGGCCAGGAAUUCAAGAUCGGUGUUAUGGAGUAUAUGGAUGAUUGGUCUCUAUUUAAACCAACCUUGUUUGACAAAGUAGAAGAAUCAAAUGAGGAAGAAGACGACCAAGAAGGAAUUUUUGAAACAUGGAUGAAGGACGUGACAGAUGAACCAAAAGAAGGAGAUAUACGCUUAGACGACACAAUGGCGAUUGGCGGCUGA